GAGUUACAGGUGACCAUGGCAUUUGAAUCUACUAUGAAGCCCCCCAUUUGUUUAGUGGGAAACUGGAAUGAGCAGCUAACAAUGAAUUCAGAAGCCUUGAGAAUUCUUGACAAGAUAUGUCAACCUGUGGUGGUGGUGUCCACUGUAGGGGCAUAUCGUACGGGGAAAUCCUACCUCAUGAAUCAUCUUGCAGGACAGAAUCAUGGCUUCCCUCUGGGUUCCACAGUGAGGACUGAAACCAAGAGCAUCUGGAUGUGGUGUGUGCCUCACCCCAGCAAGCCAAACUGUAUCUGGGUUCUCCUGGACACUGAGGGCCGGGGUGAUGUGGACAGGGGUGACCCUAAGAAUGACUCCUGCAUCUUUGUCCUGGCAGUGCUUCUUAGCAGCACCUUUGUCUACAAUAGCAUGGGCACUAUCAACGACCAUGCCCUGGAGCAGCUACACUAUGUGACUGAACUAACACAACUAAUCAGGGCAAAAUCUGACCCCACACCAGAUGAAGUAGAGGACUCCUCUGAGUUUGUAAGAUUCUUUCCAGACUUUGUGUGGACUGUUCGAGAUUUCAUGCUGGAGCUGGAAUUGGAUGGACAACCCAUCACAGAAGAUGAGUACCUGGAGAAUGCCUUGAAGCUGAUUAAAGGAAAGAAUCCCAAUAUCCAAAAUUCCAAUAUGUCUAGAGAGUGUAUCAGAUAUUUCUUUCCAAAACGAAAGUGCUUUGUCUUUAACCGGCCUACAAAUGACAGAAGCCUGUUGUCCCACAUUGAUAAAGUUCCACAAAACCAACUGGAAAGCAAUUUCCAGGAGCAAUUAAAAAAAUUCUGUUCCUAUGUCUUCACCAAUGCAAAGACCAAGACCCUGAGAGGGCGAAUCACUGUCACUGGAAAUCGGUUGGCGACUCUGUUGGAAACCUACGUAGAUGCCAUCAACAAAGGAACCAUUCCUUGCUUGGAGAAUGCAGUGACCACUCUGGCCCAGCGUGAGAACUCAGCAGCCCUGCAGAAGGCAGCUGACCACUACAGUGAGCAGAUGGCCCAGCGGGUGCAGUUCCCCACAGACACACUCCAGGAGCUGCUGGAGGUGCACACAGCCUGUGAGAGGGAAGCCAUCACAGUCUUCAUGGAGCAUUCCUUCAAGGAUGAAAAUCUGGGGUUCCAGAAGAAGCUUAUUGAAACCAUAGAGAGAAAAAAGGAAGCUCUUUUGCUACAGAACGAAGAGGCAUCAGUUAAAUACUGCCAGGAUCUGCUGAAGCAGCUUUCAGAGCCCCUGAUGCAAGGCAUCUCAAGAGGCGCAUUCUCCAUUCCUGGAGGCCACAGGCUCUACUUAGAAGCAAAGGAGAAAGUGGAACUUGACUACAAGCUAGUGCCCAGGAAAGGAGUGAAGGCAAUGGAGGUCCUCCAGAGCUUCCUACAGUCACAGUCUGUCAUAGAAAAAUCCAUUCUGCAUUCAGAUGAAGCCCUCACUAAGGGAGAGAAGGCCAUAGCAGAGGAGCGGGCCAAGAAGGAGGCAGCCAAGAAGGAACAGGAGCUGCUAAGACAGCAGAACAAGGAGCAGCAGGAAAAGAUGGAGGCCCAAGAGAGAAGCUUCCGGGAAAAUAUGAAACAGCUUAAGGAGAAGAUGGAGAGAGAAAAGGAGAGCAUUCUGAGAGAGCAGGAAAGGGUGCUGAAGCACAUGCUGAAGGUCCAAAAAGAACUGCUUACUGAGGGAUUCAGAGAGAAGUCUGAGGCAUUAAAUAAAGAGAUAAAUCAACUAAAAGAAGAGAUUAAAAGAUUUGAAGAGAACAAAUACAUGAACAUUUUAAAGAUCAUCUGUGUAGUUGGCAUUGGUUUUCUUAUAGGAAACCCUUGGUGUGUAUGAUUAAUUAGUAGGUUUAAUUUUGAGUGCCAUACGCAAGUUUUGGUGAAUAACCUAAGGAUUCUUGAUAGGAAAUUAGAAAAUGAAGCAUCUUUUAUUUAACUAGCUACAUUUGAAGGUGCUUGAGUAAUAUCAAUUUUAUUCAAGAAAAGUUUAAAUAUAAAAAGCUAUUAUCAAAGAUUAUCAGAGCCUACCCCUAAGAGAAACAAACUUUAUUCAAUUAAAGAAAUGAGAAAUGAUAAGACAGUAUGAAAUAAUUUCUAGAAAAGACUUAAGUAAAGCAAAAAGAUAAAUAGCAAUGUGAAGAAAAUAUUUGCAAUUCAUAUUUUAGUCAUGGAGAUAUCAAAGUUAUGAUGAGCUCUGUGGGACGUGACUAACAAAUGCAUUAUUUAAGUAAAAUAAACAUGAGAAAAAUUUUAAAUUGCCUAAUAAAAAAGUAUGCAAAAUAAAACUGUAAAAUCCAUAGUUUUGCCUUCUUAAUGGUAGUGAAGAAAAGUUUUAAUAAUAUACAUCAAAAAUUAAAAUGCACAUACCUCAGUCUAGCAAUUCUACAUAUAGGAAAUUUUCUUAUGGAUCUCUUCACCGAAUUGAAAACUAUAAUUGUAGUGGUUUACUCAUUUCAAGGUCAUGAUAAUUACAAAAAGCUGGAAGCAACUUAAAGUUUCUCUGUGAUGUAUGCACAAGGUAAAUUAUAGGACAUAUUUUCAGAAUAAUGCUCUAUAAUCAUUUUUUAAAAUGGGGGACUUGUUUAUGUGAAGGGGAACAUCUUUAAGUUGUAUUAUGAAUAAAAGAAAAAUGUAGAAAGUGUGAA